AUGAGUUUUACACAAGGAUUAGCGAAGAUCAAAGAAAACGAUGAUAAACAUAAAACAACUCCAAUCGCAAAGGUGGCACCUGAACUCAAACAGAAUAAUGAUGUUGAUACACAAAUAUCAAAGACUUGCGCUGUUCUAGGUUGUGAGGAAUCAAAAAAUUUUAAUGCCGACUCAUUUUUCCCCUUUCCUGAAGAUGAACACCUAAGACAGAUAUGGACAGAUCUUACUGGAAGGAACAAUUGGACACCCACUGAUUACUCUUACAUUUGUGUUCAACACUUUUCAGUAGAUUGUUUUGAAUGUGACUCUAAUAACGCUGUAGUUCUUAUUAAUAAGGCAGUACCCUCAUUAAAACUACCUAAACAUGUUUUAGAGGUUGAAUAUAUUGAAGAAGAUUCAUUGGACAAUGAAGCUGAAGAAGAAGACUACUUGGAAAAUGAUUAUGAAAUGGAUGUUGAUGAUUCAGCUUUUGAGAGAUCAGGAACAAAUGAUACAACUGUACAGAAAUCAAAUGAUUACUCUAAAGAAAUAUCUAUAACAAAUGGACCAACACAUUCCAAUAGUAAUUCAAAUGUAGACAUAAAAGAACAUUCUGAAAUGGAAAAACCCUUUAGCGACAUGCAGAUUAAACAAAAUGUUAAAGUAUUAAAACUUUUUACUGAAGUACAAAGAAUGCAACGUGAGUCAAUUGAAACAAAAAAUAAAUAUAAAUAUGCCUUGCGCUCAUAUAAACGUCAAACACGGUUUUUAACAAGGCUUCGUGAAGUAAUAGAAAUGAAAAAGAAAAUUUUAGAACAAAAGAAGAAAAAGAAGUCACGAAUUCUUCUAUCAUUGCAAGACAAAAUAAAAGAAGAUACAAGUGGUCUUGUUCUAGCAAUGCCAACUAGACACACCGAUGACUUAAAGAAUUUUGCACUGAGUAUUUAUAAAUAUUCUCCGCAGGCCUACAUAUAUAUCAGAAAUGCUCUUAGAACUCUUUUACCAGGCAUUGAAACACUGGAUUCAUGGAUUAAUUCAGGCUAUGAGCCAAGAAAUGUUCUCACUAACAGUAACCUUAUAAAAAUUACAACAGAUUUAAAUGAAACGGAAAUGAAUUGUAAGAUUACAUUACGUUAG